CGCAUGCUCUGUUUGUUGGUAGCACGUUGGUUGUUGUAGUUACACAAAACCGACCAGGGGAUUAAGUUAUUAGACGAUAUAAAUUAGGCGGAGACUAGUUUAUUUAAAGAGCAAACAAUGACGUGCGACAGUGUAAAACAAUAACUUGUUAAAGUGACCUGACCUGACCUGGUUAGAGAUGUCUGCACUCACAAUGUGGAAAAGCUGACAUAAAGCAGAUUGCAUCUCCAGACAGUGCGCUUGUUAAUUGUAGAAAAUGCCAGCAGUGAGACGUGAUAAAGAUAAUUCAGGGUCUUCCUCUGAGGAAGAGGACCCAGAGGGUCACCCUUGUAUAGCGUGGAGUGGAAUCAGCAGGAGAAUCCCAGUGUUGCUUUUCCAAGCGGAAGCAAUUGUAACUAAAGACGUCAGUGUCCGGUCCAUCGGAGAGCGGUAUCAUUUGGCCUACAAGAUUGUCCGAACUGAGAGCCGUUUGGUUCGCAGUAUUUUAACAGUUCAUGGGUUUCAUGAGGUGCAUCCAAAUAGUAAUGAUUUCAAUCUGAUGUGGACUGGAUCUCAUCUCAAGCCCUACCUUCUACGCAACCUUCAAGAGUUUCAGAAAGUCAACCAUUUUCCCAGGUCGUAUGAGCUGACAAGGAAAGACAGACUUUUUAAAAACGUCCAGCGAAUGCAGCAAUUAAAUGGAUUUAAAAACUUCCACAUUGUCCCACAAACCUUUGUGCUUCCCGUUGAGUAUCAGGAGUUCUGUAGUGCAUACUCAAAAGAUAAGGGACCAUGGAUUAUAAAGCCUGUGGCUUCUUCCAGAGGACGUGGGAUUUACCUUGUCAGCAACCCAAACCAGAUUCCCUUGGAUGAGAAUAUUCUUGUAUCGCGGUAUAUCAGCAACCCUUUAUUAAUUGAUGAUUUUAAGUUUGAUGUGCGGUUGUAUGUGCUGGUAACCUCUUAUGACCCUCUCACCAUUUACCUCUAUGAAGAAGGACUGACACGGUUUGCUACGGUAAAAUAUGAUCGAGCUACAAAGAACAUUAAGAACCAGUUUAUGCAUCUGACUAACUACAGUGUCAACAAAAAGAGCAGUGACUAUGUCAGUUGCGAUGAUCCGGAAGUGGAGGACUAUGGGAACAAAUGGAGCAUGAGUGCUAUGCUGAGGUACCUGAAGCAAGAAGGGAAGGACACAACAUCGCUAAUGGCCAAGGUGGAAGAUCUCGUGAUCAAAACAGUGAUUGGUGCUGAACUUCAGAUUGCUACGUCCUGUAAAAUGUUCAUGCCUCACAAGGGGAACUGCUUUGAAUUAUAUGGGUUUGAUGUCCUUAUUGACUCCAAUCUCAAACCUUGGCUGUUGGAGGUGAACCUCUCCCCAUCCUUGGCUUGUGAUGCUCCCCUAGAUCUGAAGAUAAAAGCCAGUGUGAUUUCAGACAUGUUUACUUUAGUGGGCUUUGUUUGUCAAGACCCAUUGCAAAGACAGAGCAGACAAGGAAGAAUUCACUUUGAUCCGAGUUCAAGAUAUCAAGCCUUGAAAGCCCAGCGUCAGCGUCCUAUGUCGGCCAGUGAUGCAGAUAACAGUGAGCCGAAGGAGAAACUGACUGGAAAACAAGGGGGGAGCACUCUUGGACUGACUACAGAGGAGCUCAAGGUUCUACAACGUGUAAAGGAGGAACAUGAGAGGCGAGGGGGAUUUAUCCGAAUAUUCCCAACAGCAGAAACCUGGGAGCUCUAUGGAGGUUAUCUGGAGCAUAAAACAUCGAUGAACUACAUGUUGGCCACAAGACUGUUUCCAGAAAAAUCUGCAAGACCAGCAGCAUCAACAAAGACACGGAAUGCUUUGAAUGGACAAGCUGCGCUGGGAAUGAGUUUGUUUCAUGUGGAAACUGAACAGCAUGUGGUACAGUAUGAACGGAAACUCAUGUCACUGGAGGCACGUAAGAGGAGAAGACAUCGCAUUGCAUUCAGGUCAAGACUUGGAAAAAAAUCAGGAAGUACUAAAGGGACCAGAGUCCCUAAACAGGGGAGUACUGAGAGUGAGGAAGAGGAAGGCUCUGAAGAGGAGGAGGAUGAAGAGGAGGAGGAGGAGGAGGUGGUGGUAGAGGUGGAAACAGAGGGUACUAAGCAACAACUCAAAGACCAUAAAGAAAAACUAGCAGAACCACCUGCAUCUAAUGACUUGGCUUUCAAGGAGACCACUCCAAUAAACACUGAGCAAAAAACCAAAGGCAAGACAUCGAAACAUGAACAUCCAAACAAGACAAAAGUGAACCUCCUUCAGAUUCUUCAGCAAGGGCAGAACCUCAGUAAGGUGCAAGCUCGUAUGGCAUUUUCGUCAUACCUCUACCGAGUUCAGAAACGACUUCUUACAGAAUGUAGUGCGCAGGGUGACAGUUCAGCCAUGGCAGAAAGAGAAGAUGAACAAAUGGAGUUGGUAAUUCGUUUCCUUAAGCGAGCAGCCAGUAAUCUCCAGCAGGCUCUGCAAAUGGUCUUGCCAAGCCGACAGCUCCCCCUCUCUGAUAGACGACGCAUCCUCUCUCACCAGCUUGGAGAGUUUAUCCACUGCUACAACAAGGAAACAGAGCAGAUGGUGAAGAAAAUAGAAAAACUAAAGGAGAAUGAACAAUGUGUGAACCCUGACCUAUUCCAGGACUUUGUCACUGAAGCCAGUGAGAGUGAUCUAGAAGAAGUUUUAACCUACUACACACACAAAAACAAAUCUGCUAGUGUUUUCUUGGGGACGGGAUGCAAAAGUGCCAAACCUGGCACCAGUGAAGGCUCUGGAGAGCAAGCUAAUAAUCAGAGCCAGAAGGCUGUAACAGUGUCAAAGGAAGAGGAAUCAAGUGCCUCAGAAUCUUCUGCACCUAUUCCUGCCCGUAGUUCUUCACAGCAGAAGAGCUCUGCCUUGCAUCAUUGCAGAUCAGAGGCCUUAGACUGCAGCCAGAUUGAUAUCCAGCCUCCUCCUCCUCCUCCUCCUCCUCCUCCUCCAUCAGUGCCUCUGUCUACCCAGGCUAUACACAUGGCACCAGCAGCAUUCCUCAGCUCCAACCCUUCUCAGCUGUCCUCCAGAACUUCGUCAGCCACUGCUAUAUCCCACCAUGGCCCAAGCAAGGAGGUUCUACCUCGCUGCAGGUCGAGCAGUUACUGUACUCAAGAGAAAGUUUCUUCUUUACCAAGCGCAAUGCAGAUUUACAGCCAAAAACUCUCCCAGUCAACCUCGGCUAGGCAUGUUUCUUUACAGAGCAGCCCUGGAAAGUCUCAAGCUGUCUCCGCUGGGGUGUAUAAGGAUGGAGAUAACCUUUCCUCCCAGUGUGACACCAACCAAGAAGCCAUUGCAACAGCGCUUCAGAGACUGGCAGAGAAACAGGCUGCCAGGCAGUACUCUGCAUCCAGUCACAUCAGUCUCCUGACACAGCAUUUGAGCAAUCUUAACCUGGCAAAUGGAGCUGUAAACCGAGGAUUUAGUCCUGCAUAUCGGCCAAUUGGUGUAGCAACUGGGCCUCUAAGAGCCGUACAUUCAGAUGCUAGACUGGCCAACGGUCUAAGUUACACUUACCAGGGAUUUCCAAUUAGGGCCCUAAAAGUAGAUGCAUGGGAAGGAGAAGCGGAAAACGCAUAUAACAUGGUCACUGGAGUGACUCCGCAGCACAGGUACCAACCCACUUCUGGGAGCUACCAGCUUCAGUUCGCCAUACAGCAGCUUCAGCGACAGAAACUGCAGUCGAGGCAACUGCUGGACCAAAGCAAGGCAAGGCACAGGGCCAUCCUUGCAGAGCAGCCUCCAUCGGCUGUCCCAUGGUCAGGACCAGUCAGCUCUUCCAGCCAGCGACCUGUGACCAACAGGACUAGUCUCCAGCUUUCAGCUAAUCCUCUGAGACCAAAGGCAUUCCAGAACACCAGCCUCCUCGCACCAAAACCACCCCCAACCAACAGACAAGCUGUAAUGAGAAAAGUAGCAACCCAGCGUAUAAACAAAGUGAUUUCUUCAGAGGGCCUAACAAACAGCAAUGCAAGCAAUGCACACAACGUGCUCUAUGAGCAGGUCUCAGGAAACUCGGGUCUGUCUGUUUAUAACCGUAUGAUUCACAAUCCAUCCCUGAAGAACAGGUGAAGGAUCUGUCCAUGUGCUUGCCCUGCCCCAACACAUCAUAUUUGUAGAAAGACUGAGGGACACGAAUCCUGUGACAUCCAACAAGGACUAUACGUAUCUCUCUAAUCAGUGAGAAACCAUUCAGCUCUGGUAAUGAGAUAGAUCAGAACGAUAUCACAUGUGGUGCUGGAACCAUUGACUGGGCAUGUUAUACAGUAAUCAACAAAGGGAGGAAACUGAUUUACUUUUACUAAUGAUGGAUUAUGAACCAGGCCAAGCUGAAAUCAUAAACUGCAUCAAGGGAGUAAAAUAAUCAGCACAAUAGUAUAAUUCAAAAAGAUAAAUAACUUCCAGUUCAGGAUUUUUGUAAUUAAACAAUUUCAAUUUCUUUGUGAUUAAACAGUGAAGUGAACCUUUAUUUUCCCCACAGUUGAAAUUUACUGUGCCCAUCCAAAACUAUCCAGGCACUCCUGCUGUUAAUGGUUCCUUGGCAGCCGCCAUUCCAGAAAUGCAUUUUAGGGUAAAAGAAAUAACAAACAUCCAGCCCAUUCAUUCUGCAUUGAAAGUAAAUUUAUAUCAUUUAGGGUACCAUUUUUCAGUGUCCUGAGUUAGUCUCAUAUCAUUAUCAUAUACUGAAGUUGAACAAACCUUUAAUUUUGAAAAACCUUACAAUUUGAGUAUUUUGUUUUAGCUAUUAUCAAGAUGUUUUUUGAAGAUGUAUUGUUUUGUUUGUUAAUCUAAAAUAAAAUGCAAGUUUGUAUUUUUUUUGUAAAGAAUGAACAGAGAUUUGUAAAUGGACCUCUUUUGUAAUAUUCAUGUUAACCAUGUAAUGUUAUAUAAUGAAUGUAAAUGUGUGUGUGUUU